UCAUCGGUUCGCUCUGCGUUCUAUUAGCCAGUCGGAUUUUUAUUGCGGAAGCGAUUACUUUUCUCUCGCAGUUGGCAGGCAGGCAUUAUUCGCUUAAAACAAAUACUUUCCCAAACAUGUAUACAACACAAAACAUCGUCAACUCAAUAACAUCGACUUGAGAUGCGAAAACAAUUGAUUGACUUCAUUACAAGAAGACUGUGAAGACUGUUUACACGGGCGUGUGUGACGCGUCUCUUCCUACAUUCAUCGUGUUGACGAUCGAGAAUUGCUUUCAUAUUCGCUAACUACGGGGUUUUGACACUUUGCCCGCUAGUCAGUUGGGAUGAAGCCUGGAGUAGGGGCAUGUCAGGACCCCUGUCAGGGUGGUCUGGGGGUGGGUGACAGGGGGGACGACACCCUGGUGUCUCUACCCCCUAAAGACACCCCUGGCUCACCCGCGGGGUCACCCUCAGAGUUGGGAAGCCCUGGCCCCCGCCAGGUCGCGACCUUUGACCUGCUCAAGAUGGUGGUGUCUUACAAGAGGAUGGCCCUGUUUCUGGAGCCGCUCACUGACACGUUGGAGCUGGCCCGCUACCUACUGGGGUGGAGGAUGCCUCUGUGCUCACUACUGGUCUGUGUACUGCUCAACAUCCUCUUCCUCACUCUGAGUGAAGUGGGGUGGUUCUCUGUGUGUGUUCUGGGGGUGUCUGCCCCGGCUGCCCUGGGUUACCUGCAGGACAGGUGUGGGGGCGGGGCGUCGGAGGCGGAGCAACAGAAGAGGCGGUGCCACGCGGUGCAUCGUAAGGACCUCCAGAACGUUCAGCUCACCAGACAGGACGCCAUGCUGGAAGUCAAGGACCUGUUAAAGCAGCUAGAUGACCUGUUGUCUCAUGCCUGCCUGUCUGCUGAGUCCGUCUACAAGCUCCUAUACUGGGAGAGCCACUCUGAGUCCUCUAGGUUCUACGGUGGCCUGUUAGUUGUAUUGAUGCUGCUGUAUUCUGUCCCUGUGGGCUGGGUGCUGGCCUGUCUCACUACUGCACUCUUCCUGUGGAACCGAGACUUCUGCAGGGGUCAGGUGGGAGGAGGACCUGUCCCCGGGCAGCGGAGGGAGGAGGCUGAGGAGGCAGAGCCUGAUGAUGAGUUCAAAGAUGCCAUCGAGGAGGAUGAUGACAUAAGUUCAGAUUUGGACACCAUCUCCAUCACCUCAGACAACGGUCUGCUGAGCCGCAACGAGCCAAUCCGCAGUAAGGUGUCCAAACUGACGGAGAAGCUACGCAAACGCUACCCCACCAACAACACAGGUAACUGUUCCAGCUGCAGUGCAGUCUUCUCAGUGGUGAAGAGAAGGCGGAGCUGUAGUAACUGUGGCAACAGCUUCUGCUCCAGAUGCUGCUCCUACAAGGUCCUCAAGGCCUGCAUGGGUGUCACAGCUCCAGAUGCCCAGAUGAAUGCCUCUUUACCUCCCACCCAGCUCCAGAUGCCCAGUGUUUGUUUGUGCUGUCUGCAACUCCACCCUCAGCAAGUGAGAAAUGACUACCACCUCCUACCCACUCAUGGAGACCUAGGGAGAGUACUGCCCCUCCUACCCAGGGUUCGAAGCUCCUUGGCUGGGUAG